AUGGUGCCACCCGAUGUGUCUUCUCUGAAUAUCCUUGAGGUAAGUACCACCAAUGCUCAUGUAACUGAUCUCAAUAAUGCUAUGGGUACAUAUAAGUUGCCGCUAAGGCAAAAUCGUGGUGUUCCUCCUAACAGGUUUUCUCCCGAAGGAAGAGUGAGGUAUCCAAUAGCAAAUUAUGUGUCAUGCAAGAAUCUUGCACCGAAACGUCAAGCAUGGGUGAAUAAUGUGGAAGCAAUCCAAGUAUUAACCCGAGUUAAGGAGGCCUUGAAGGAUCCUAAAUUGGCUGCUGCAAUGGAUGAACAAAUGAUAGCAUUACAUAAAAAUGAUACAUGGGAGGAAACUUUUUCACCAGUAGCCAAGAUGAAUACGAAGAAGUAUACAUGGAUUUUCCUCCGGGGUAUAAUGCCGGAGGGAAAACGGAAUGACAUGAUAAUAACAGUUGAUGAUUCAGAAGAGAUGAUGAAACUAGAACAGAGUCUUGCCGCCAAAUUUGAGAUGAAGAAUUUGGCAGAUUUAAAGUAUUACCUUGGAGUAGAAGUAGGUCAUUUGUGUAGAGUGAGUGUGGUUAGUCAGUUUAUGCACUCAUCAAGUGUGGAUAAUAUGGCAGCAGUGAUGAGAAUUUUGGCAUAUUUAAAGUCUGCCCCGGGAAAAGAGAUUUUGUAUAAGCACCAUAGGCAUAUGAGGAUUGAAAGAUUUACUGAUGCUGAUUGGGCAGGUGAUGUGACUGAUAAACGGUCUACGUCCAAAUAUUUACAUUCGUUGGAGGAAGAUGCGAUGAAAUUGUAUUGA